CCCUGUUGUUCACGCGGGGGAGAGAGGGACGACUCUUUAUUAUGAAGGGAUCGUUGGGCGACGGGUCGAUGCGAUUGAUUUUGCGUUUGCUUGGUUCCAAUUAACCGGCAGCCAACGCGCCACGUGCCGCUAAUGGGCACUAAUUUUGUAGCGUUGCAACACCCUCGAUGUGUGUGAUGUGGUUCGCAGGGAAGAUCGUGUGUAAAGUGAUAGAUGAGGCCUCUGAUAAUUCAUUUAGAGCCGUGCGAUCUCUGAUUGGAAAACAAGGCAGUUUCAGUUCUCCCGUUUCACCAAAUGAGACCUUUCCAGCCACUGAAAAAUCCAAUAAAUGCGACAUCCUGCUGAGUGGUGAGCUAAUAAGACGCAGCUCUUCAUGCCAGCAGCUGAUAUAUGUCAGCUGCUUCCAGAUGUCCUGCUCUUUAUAUACAAAUAUUCAUGCACAUUUCUGCAAAUAAUACUUAAGCAAGAGUGUUUUUCCGCUAUUAACUAGCUGCACACCAUGAACCAGCUUUAGCACUUCAGUGCCACCAGCUACUUAAAGUGUACUGUGAACACAUGCUGCUUGAUUGACUGCCUGAUGACUGCAGCAGUCGGUAAAGAGCGAUGCAGCUUCACAGGAGCAGUGUGGGGCCUCAACUCCUUUCUCUCAAAACGAUGCCUCGGUUCCCUUUAACAGCUGUGGGGUUCUCCACGCCUGGGGGUCCCGGCCGCAGGCGAAGAGUCACUGGCUCGAGUAUAAAAAUCAGUUUAAUUUAAGUAAUGCAGUUGCAAAGUGAAAUGCAAUGUGAAUAGAAUAGUAUUUCGCAACACAUAGAACUCUCAGUCUAAGUCGAAGGCGACCUACAAAGAACUCGAACUGUUCUUUUCAUGUCUCUGUCCUUUAAAAAACUCCUGAAGUGUGUCCCUUUUUUGUGCGACCAAAUGUGAUUGGCUGCACAUUCAAACGUAGCUCCUCCCCUCAUUGUCCUCCGUGGCGAUGACCUGAAACCUCUCUCAGCUUAAAUGACCAUAAACUGUGUUUAAUUCAUAUCGCAGCUAUUAAUCCAACAUGCUGAUGCAAUAACUAACAUCUAAUAACACGCAAACUACAAUUCUAACAACUAAACAUUAUCAAACGUAUUAUAAUUCCACUGCUAAAUCCCCAACACGUCCGUGGAUGCUGGUGCGCAGGCCGUAGAACCACCACUACAAAACCAAAUGUCUUUUCCAUGAAUCUUGAGAGCAUUUUAGCAGUGAGCGUCGCUCCAGCGGCUUGACUGCGUAGCAACGGCGCUUAGCGACGGUUAAUUCCCCCGAUUUGGCACAUCCUUCAAAUACCAUCGCGACGGUAAUGUGCACGUGGAGGCUGCCGGGUUGAUUCAAAGCAGAGCACGUGGAAUGACUCGUGAAGGGACGUUUUGGAGUAAGUGAGGAGGCAGCUGGCAGUACGGAACAGGCAAUGAUAGGUGCACCCAGGAGAGGUCCUCCAUCAACCAAAACAGAGCAGCUUCUCUGUGACACGGCACUUAUAACGCGUUCCUCGGGUAUUUUGUGGAACAGGAGAAAUAAGACGUUCAGAUUGAAGUCGGCUUGUUAUCUGACUUUCCCCGCGUCGCUCCUCCACAGUGCUCCGUCACCUGCGGGGAGGGAAUGGAGCGCCGGCUGGUCACCUGCCGGAUCGGAGACCAGUGCAACGGAGACAAACCGGAAACCGUGAGGUUCUGCAGACCGGCAGCCUGCCACGGGUUUCAACCCGCACCUUCUUCUCCCCGUUCAGAUGAGCCGUGUAGCGGAGACAAGUCCAUCUUCUGCCAGAUGGAGGUGCUGGCGCGGUACUGCUCCAUCCCGGGCUACAGCAAGCUGUGCUGCGACUCCUGCAGCAGGCGCGGCGCCGCCCUGUCGCCGUUCCCCGAGGCGGCCGAGGCCGAGGAGCACGCUCGCUUCGGCUCCGCCUCCCAGCUGCUGGAGACGCUGACGGCCUACGCGGCGGCCAACGCCACGCGCGGCGGCAGAGGGCCCGCCCCCGGCGCCGCCCCGCUGAAGAAAGCCCCGCCGAAGGUGACGCCGGCGCCCCGGCGGGUCCCGCGGCAGGCGGGCCUCUCCGGCAUGAAGCUGGCCGCCACGGCGCCGUCUCCCCCGGAGCACUCGGAAGAGGGUCAAAGGUCAAGCGGCUCAAGAGUGGAGAGAUGAGAGCGAGGCUCCUCCCCUUCAGGACUCGUAAUGUACAGCAGCAAAGAAAAGUGCUGGUUCACUUUGUUUGGUUUUUUAGAAUCUCCCCUUCCGCCCCUCACAUUGACUUCCAAAG